AUGGAGCACACAGGGCUGAAUCAGACUGAUGAUGGGGAGACUGUGCUGUUGUGUUAUCCACACCUGCAAGGCUCCUGUCCUCGACUUAACAGACUACCUGUGGUACAAUUAACCAUGUAUUUUUUCAUAUCAACCAUGAUCCUAAUGACUGUUUGUGGGAAUCUUUUGGUCAUCAUCUCCAUAUCCCAUUUCAGACAACUGCAUGGUCCCACCAAUUUCAUCAUCCUCUCCUUGGCCCUAGCAGAUUGUUGUUUAGGCUGCUUUGUUAUGCCUUUUACUAUGGUCAAAAAUGUGGAGGGCUGCUGGUAUUUUGGCCAGUUUUUUUGUCAAUUCCAUUCUAGUCUUGACAUGAUGCUGUGUGCCGUAUCUAUACUGCAUCUGUGUUUGAUAUCAGUCGAUAGAUACUUUGCCAUUUGUGAGCCUUUGCAAUACAGAACAAAAAUUACAACAUUUAAAGUGAUUAUCCUUGUUGUUAUAGUGUGGUUGUAUUCGUUUGCAUUCAGCUUUGGACUUAUGUUCUCAGGGGCAAAUUCAGUAGGUUUUGAGGAAUUUAUCCUAUUGAACUCCUGUGCGGGAAGCUGUCUUUUACUUUUUAACACAGAGUGGGGGAUCAUUGCUCCUCUAGUAUCAUUCUUCAUUCCAGGAGGUGUGAUGAGCUGUCUGUACAUAAAGAUCUUUCAUGUUGCCAGGAAACAUGCCAAGGUCAUGUCUGAUAGAGUGGCCACAGUGACCUGUUCUGAUCUGAAGAACCAAGCAUCAGAGCAGAGAGAGAGGAAGGCUGCUAAAACACUGGCCGUUGUAAUGGGAGGAUUUCUGCUCUGCUGGAUGUCUUUUUUCCUUAUUCUGGUUAUUGAUCCCUUUAUUAACUUUACAACACCUGUUGAAGUUUUUGAUACUUUUUUCUGGAUUGGUUACUUUAAUUCCACUUGUAAUCCCAUCAUCUAUGCUUUUUUCUAUCCACAUUUUCGAAAGGCAUUUAAAAUCAUUCUAUCAAAAACUUGUGGGAUUAAAAUGGCCAAGAAUAUUGUGUUAUCUUUAUGA